ACGUCCGUCAAAACAUGACUAAUCAACGCAUCAAACCAUCGCUCCCUUGGAAAACUAGGAUCUCCAUCGCCCUAAUCUCCACCCUCAAUGAUGCCGCCUGCCGCCCCAAUGGCACCAUCAACCGCCGCCUCCUCCGCUUCCUCGACCUCCAAGCCCCCCCUAACCCCAAACCUACUAACUCUGUCUCCUCCUCUGACACCACCCUCGAUGCUACCCGCAAUCUCUGGUUUCGCCUCUUCUCUCCCUCCCUCCCCUCCGAUCUCCUCCUUCCCGUUGUCAUUUUCUUUCAUGGAGGCGGCUUCAUCUGCCUCAGUCCCGCCUCCCACGCAUACGACGCCGUUUGUCGUAGGUUCGCCCGCAAGCUUCCUGCUUUCGUUAUCUCCGUCAAUUACCGACUCGCUCCUGAACACAUCUACCCUUCUCAAUACGACGACGGAUUUGACGUUCUAAAGUUCCUAGAUGAGAACCGCGCCACUAUCUUACCUGAAAACGCUGACCUGUCACGGUGUUUCUUAGCCGGAGACAGUGCAGGUGCCAACCUGGCUCACCACGUGGCUGUCCGGGCUUGCCAGACUGGGUUUCAGACAUUGAAGGUGAUGGGGCUAGUUUCCAUACAGCCAUUUUUUGGAGGAGAGGAGAGAACGGAGGCGGAGGAGCAGCUUGUGGGGUCGUUGCUGGUGUCUGUGCCAAGAACAGAUUGGUGCUGGAAGGCGUUCUUGCCCGAGGGGUCGGACCGAGAUCAUGGAGCGGUGAAUGUGAGCGGACCCAAUGCAGCGGAUAUGUCGGGCCUGGAUUUUCCGGAAGCGAUGGUGGUAGUGGGUGGCUUUGACCCAUUGAAGGAUUGGCAGAAGAGGUACUAUGAGUGGUUGAGAAAAUCCGGUACAAAAGCGACGUUAUCGGAGUAUCCCCACAUGAUCCACGCAUUUUACCUAUUUCCAGAAUUGCCCGAGGCUUCCCAGCUAAUUUUGCAGGUCAAAGAUUUCAUGACCAAGUGUUGGUCCGAACUCCAACACAAUUGAAGUGUACAGACAUCCAGUCUUAUGUUUUGUCGGGUUUUGGGUAUGAACAAUAGUAAAAAAUAAGUAUCAGGGUAUGUGAAGAGUAUGAAGGUGGGAUGGCAUGCACUACACUACUGCGAAUACUUUUAACCCAAAUCUCCUUGCACUUGAAUAUUGGGUCUAAAAAUAAAAUGUAUGUACUUGUCAAUAAUAAUUUACAUGUGUUUUCAGGACUCCAACUCAACAA